AUGGCGCUCUCUGGUGGCAACUUUACAGCCACAAGGCACUCUACGACUUAUGACUACAUUUCCCCAAUCAAGCUAGACCUUUCUGAAAAAAAUGUUCUAGUUACAGGGGCAGCGUGGGAGGACGGGGUUGGAUAUGCUACAGCUACAGCGUUUGUGCGUGCGGGUGCUUCAGCAGUAGCAUUAGCUGAUCUCCACGGCGUAUCAGACGAUCUUAUCACGAAGCUUAAACUGACUGCAAUGCAAGCUGGGCAUUCAGAGCCUACGGUGCUGAGCUGUACCGUUGAUAUCUCGAAAGAAGAUAGCGUUCAAGAAAUGUUUGAAAUCGUAUCAGAACGGUUUGAUGGACGUUUGGAUAUAGUCAUCAACAAUGCAGCUCAUAUGGAACCAUACAAGCCGUUACUCGAUGCGGAUCCAGAUGUUCACUGGCGAACUUGGGAGGUCAAUAUUCACGGAAUCCUAAACAUUGCUCGUGCCUUCCUUCCUAUGCAGCUUUUGACUCGUGCAAACAAUAACGGCUUAUGCACAAUGAUCAAUGUAUCCUCUUCAGGUGCAUUGAGCGCUCGUCCUGGAAGUGCAAGUUAUCGGAGCUCAAAGCUUGCGAUUUUGAGGUUAACCGAGUCUUUACAAUUGGAAUAUGGCAAUCAAGGAUUUCUGACCUAUUGUGUUAAUCCGGGUGCGAUCAAGACGAAGAUUACUGAGACCGCACCUGAGGAGGUUCGGAAUCGGUUUCCUGAUCGUCCAGAGAUAGCUGGGGACACGAUUGCAUGGCUGGCUGCUGAGCGUAAGGAGUGGCUUGGUGGACGAUACGUGAGCUGUCCAUGGGAUAUGAAAGAACUUAUGAAGAAGAAGGAUGAGAUUAUCGAGAAGGAUCUGCUUAAAAUGAGGAUGGCAUUCUGA